AUCUGUGUACGAAGUGAACACCACAAAUAGUGGCGCAAGUGCCAGAGUGCAACACCUCUGUAGGCCUGUGUAACACCUGUAUAGGCCUAUGCAACACCUGUGUCGUGUGUGGCGGAGAGGAUGACGUGACGGGAGGGGGAUGAAGUGUGACGUGAGGUGUGAGGAGAGACAUCACCAUGAUGGAGCUGACAGGAGUGCCACCACGAAAUGACCCUGGUCUCAAACUACUACUCCCAUUGUAUCAUUUCCUGCAAAAUACUUGCUUAAAAGCCGCUUUUAAAAUCCUCGUUGAGGGUUUUCCAAAGGCCCAGUAUAUCAUAGAUAACCUCAAUGUACAUGUUAAACCUACAAUGAAAUUAUUAGACUUGCUAUAUCAGAUCCAUAAGAGAGUUAAAACGUCUGGAAAAUGUCAAAAAAGGAAAGGAAAAGGUGCAUAUGGCUCUAAUGUACAGCCACCAGAAAAGAGCUUGGCAUGCAGGAGAUCACAACAGAUAACCAAUAUUGAGGAGAAUGCUCAUAUCCUCUCCCAAGUUACAGUGGAGGAUUUGCUAAAUGCCGACUGUGAAAAAUGUAAAAAGCUACUGGAUUUAGAUUUAAUGUUUGUUUUAAAUAUGAUCAUUAAUGACACUGUUCAGUAUGCUUUGGAUUAUUCUGUGCUUGAAGCCAUUGUUAAGGUAAAAGAUAUCAGGAAAACAAUUUUCCAUCCUCAAUUCAGUUUUAGUGAGAAUGACUUUGACCAAAAUCUGAAGGGGUUGGUUGAUGCAAUGCGUACGUUGUAUUCACACCUAGGUUACUCGGAGCAGCAACUGCAGCAUGAAGAAAAAGCUUGUCGCCAGAAAGCUAAAUGUGCUGGUGAUAUUGCCCCUGCAAUAAUAGAUGAACUACGGUGUGAAAUCCAUAAGAAGUAUGCAAAUACUCAAGGCUUCAUUCUUCCCAAUAUUUCAAAUUCACAAGAUCCAUCUGAGCCUGUAAUUGAAGAUCUUGAGCAAUUCAUUCGAAAUGAGAGCAGCAAGAUUGAGGAGAAGUUGCCUAUAUUGCUGUGUGGUAAUCGUGGCACAGGGAAGUCUCUAAUACUAAAAAAUUUGGCUUUCUUAUUUGGUUGUACUCGUGUCGGUGUUGAUUCAACUUUUUGUCUUGUGCUAUAUUUAGAUGACUGGGACAAAGGUGCUGAAGCAGAAUUCUGGACUCAAAUAUUUAAAUGUGUUACAUGUUUAGCUCCAAUUGCUGUGAGUAAAUAUGGCUUUGAUUCCAUAAAAGCUGUAAUAGGAAUGUAUAUAGAUAAUAUUCUCUUUUUGAUUAACUGGGAUAACAAUGUUGUGGGCCCUAUACGCAAGGAAAUGCAGCGAGGGACAUGGGUAAUUACGUAUCAUGGUUCACAUUCUCCCUCUGUAGAUUGGCAGAUACUCAAAGUGAAACCAUACGAAAAGAUGCAAGUCCAGGAAAUAUUACGAAGUGAAAAUUCAAAACAUACUGAGGAUGUCAUUCGCUUGUAUAAUAGCUGUGAAUACAAAGAUAUCCUCACAUCCAUAGAUAUGAUUAAAAUUUUCAGUGAAUUGAAGAGUUCUGUUACCAUUGGUACAGAGUUUGAGAUUGCAGAGUCAUAUGUGGCUAAGCAGAUAUGCAGUUCUGUAGAGGAUUUAGAGGUAAAACUAAUAAAAUUGGGAAAAGUUGCAUUCGGUACUAUUUGCCAAGGAAAGUCUGUCUUUAAGGAAAGCGAUGCGAAUCAAAUUCCUAGUGAAAUUAAGAAAAGGUUUCUUGGGCCUCAUGGAUGUGGUUUAACUUUUAUUCAUCUUAUUGUUCAGGAUUUUAUUGCAGCAAAAUAUGUAAUUUCAGACCCAAGUAUAGCUUGUCUUCAAUGGCUUAAAAGAGUUCAUUCUUUCAAGAGAGUAUUUAAAUUUGCAUGUUCUUUGUGGUGCAAAGACCGAGAUCAGUUGAAAGAAAAUUUACACUAUGUAAAGGAAUAUCUGAUUCAUCUAUUCAAUAUAAAAGAACUAAUAGAGGAAAACAAAACUAAGAAAACGCAGGAUUGCAUGUUCGUAAACCCGAUGAAAGAUCCAUUCACGCAUUGGCAGUUUAUUGUUCAGCUUGACAAUGCGUGUGAUGGGCGUAGAGAGAUUUUAGAGCUGUUGGCUAGUCUCCUCUCUCAUAUUCCAUGUUGGUCAUUUAAUACAGAUCAGUACUUAGAUAAUGGAAAAAUUAAAAGAAUAGAGAAAAUUUUGAAUAAGGUAAAAUUAAGUGAAGAUUCCCCAGUAUUGAUUAGGCUAGAAAGUAGUAAAGACAUGAGCAUGCUUAUUAAAUUAUGGAAUAAGAUAAAAAAUAUUCAGAGUAUAUAUAACUGUUGCAGUGUUAAAAUUGUAGUAAAUUACAAUAGCAGCAUUUCUUUAGUACACCCCAAGAGCGUGUCAGAGUUCUUUAGUGUAAUCACCAAAGCUCACAGUCCAGUUUACAUCACAGAAUAUACAGGGCCUUUACUUUGCUCAAGCAUUCCAGAGCUGCAAUGUAAGUGCAUUGAGAAAUUAAAGAGAGUGAAUGUGACUGUGUACGAUGUAAAUUCUUUGCGGAAACUUUUGUCUUGUAAAGGCCUAUCCUCCCUGAGAGAUGUAUUUGUAAGAGUUGAUAUUAUUAAUUAUGAAAAAGAUGUUUCAUACAGAAAAACUGAAGUUGCCGAGCAUAUCAACUUGAAUCUCACUAUCAAAUAUUUUAACAAUAUUCAAAAUUUAUUGGAUAGUUUUAAAUUUCCUCAGCAGUUAUCAUUGAGUAUCCAUGAUUUAUUUAUUGAAGAGAAUUUUAAAUUGGAUCUUUCUGUUUUAGACAGUGUAGAAAGUCUUUACAUUAGGUGCAAACCAAAUAUAGAAGACAUGAAGCAUAAAAGUGCAUUUUCUGUUCAUGAGGAAGCUAUGGAAGUUGAUGUACCUUUUGCACCCUCUUGCCCAAUUGGAACACUUGCGAGAAGUAAUUGGAUGUUUCAACUUGCUAUGAAUCUCUCCCUUCCUCCAAGCCUAAAAAGACUCAUGCUGAGGAAUGUUGAAUUCUACAAUGACUCUAAUAACUAUCUGUUGCUGAACUUUUUCAAAAAGUACAACAUAGACAGACUGAUGAUCUUAGAUUCUUUGCUCUCUUUAAAAGGUGUCAGAAAGAUUAUAAGUACUUAUUCUGAAGGUCUUAAGGAUGAUUUAGAGACAAUGACAAAAAAAUUAAGAGUAGAUAGAUCAAGCAGUUGUGAAGUCCGGGAAUUAAUUGCUAAAAAUCCAAGGCUUUCAAAAGAAGAACGGGAGGAAAGGCGAUGGAAAAAGCCAACUGGGAAGGAAAUAAUAAUAACAUCGGAGGUGGACUUGUGUACAAAGUGUACAAGAUUUCCUUGUGUAUGUCCACCACAGGAGGGAGUUGACAGCCGUGAUACCUUUGAAGAUCUCAUUUACCUAAUUGAAGAUAUUUAUUGUUAUGAUAUUCUAAAUUUCUCAUAUACAAGUAAUAUCUUUACUAUCAGGAAAAAUUUGUGUGGUGAUCUCCGAGUCCACUGUAUCACAACUAUGCUGACUGAUGACGUUGCUUCUGUGAUGGGUUCCUCAGAUAAUUGGUUAAGUAAGCUCUUUCUGACAUUAACUUUGGCACAGAAUAUCUGCUUUGAUUAUACAAAUCUCUCUUAUAAAGGUGUUAAGGAUGUCAUUCAUCACCUGAAGACAGUCAAAAAGAGUCUUGAUACGCCCGAGCCUUUCUCUUUGACAAUAGGAUCAACAUGGCAUCCUUUAUCCAGUGAUACAUUAUCUUUAAGCAGUUUUAUUGAGUUUGUUGAAGGUGAGACAUGCUUAGAGCAGCUGAAAUUCUGGUGUAUGUGUACAGGUAAAUGCUUUAUUUUGAGGAAAGCUCUCAGUGGUAAGAUAUAUGUGGACGAUAAACUUAUAAAAGAAAAUGGUUAACAUAAUGGCGGCAAGUCCAAGAGGUAAAGUAUUGCAAGUGGAGUGCUCUGGGGCCAUGUCCUGGGAUCUCUCUUAUUUAUCAUGUACACAAUUAUAUAAAAGAUUGACUCAUGGAAAUACACAGCAUUAGCAAAUUUGCCAUGACACUAAAGUAGGGUGGGAAGGAAUCUGAGAAGACUCAAUAUUACCACAAGAUUACUCUGAUAAGAACUCUUGUAAAUACUGUAUAAAAAAUAUAUAUAUAUUUUUUUUUUUUAAUAUGUAUAAAAAAAUUCCAGAUGCAAUUUAACAUUAAAUGUUGAAUUCUAAACCUAGGAAAGGAUAAUAGAGUUACCAGAUAUCGGCUGGAUAAUGUUGAAACUACAAAAUCUGAAUGCAAGAAAGAUCUUAGUGUCAGUGAAUUUUUGACAAAGCAUAAAUAUAUAAAUGCUCAAAAUAAGGCAGAUAUGAUGCUAGGACACAUAGCAAAAAGUUGGUAAUCAAACAUCUAAUGUUAGUAUUCAGCAUUAUCUUGCCUUUGUUAUGCCCUUUUUUGAUUAUGCUGUUCUGUUUCGGCAUGCACUAUGAAAUGAACAAAAAUUCGCUAGACAAUAUACCGAGAAGGACAGUGCUAAUCUGGGCAUUAGAGUCAUUGAACAAAUUGCCAGGAAAUAAUUACGUGGGAUCACUGGAUUGUUUUAAGCAUAGGUAAAUGUGUAUGACUGUGCCCGAAUAUGCUCCACACAAACAAGGAGCAAUGGUUUCAAGCUCAACAAUAUAGGACAGAGAACAGGAGAUGCUUUUCACCCACAGGGUUAUAAACCCAUGGAACUGCCUACCCGCCGAAGCCGUAAAUACCAAAAAACU